AUGGAUCUUGGUAGCCCUGAACAAGAUCCUGAAAUGAAGGAAGAAUAUCCUUCUGUCUAUGUUGGCAGAGAAGAGGACAUUAAGAAAUCUGAAAGAAUGACAGCUGUUGUCCAUGAUAGAGAAGUGGUCAUUUUCUAUCACAAAGGAGAAUAUCAUGCUAUGGAUAUUCGCUGUUACCACUCAGGAGGACCUUUACAUUUGGGAGAAAUAGAGGAUUUUGAUGGACGACCAUGUGUAGUUUGUCCCUGGCAUAAAUUCAAAAUUACUUUGGCAACAGGAGAAGGACUAUAUCAGUCUAUAAAUCCUAAAGACCCAUCAGCAAAACCCAAGUGGUGUUCCAAAGGAAUAAAGCAAAGGAUUCAUACAGUGACAGUGGACAAUGGGAAAAUUUAUGUGACUCUUUCUAAUGAACCUGUUAAGUAUGACUCUGAUUUUUAUGCCACUGGAAACUUCAAAGUAAUUAAGACUCCUUCCUGA